UCUCCUACGUUUGACCUCAUAGACCUGUCACGUGCAAUAGGGAAGCGUCUGGAACCGAGGCUAGUUUUUUCUUUCGUUGCGCGUGCUGUACUAACUUGCAAAUUUUUGCAAUGAAUGUUCGAAAGAUUCAGUUAAUUUUUUUAAUGUUUUUUCAACUCUUCUUUGUCUUCGGGGAAAGUGACCCAUCUACUGUUGACGAUGAUACAAAGUUUGUAUUAGAUUUGGUGAGAGGUGGGGUCCCAGUAGGGAUCAUCCAACUUUUUCUGCCCUCGGUCUCCAAAGGCGCCACUGGACCUUGCUUGCGUGCGACUUCGGACUCGGAUAUUAACGGAAUGUGUAAAUUUGUGAAAGCAUUUGCAGAAGACUAUGCCUCUAACCCAACAAACGAUUGGAACUCAUGCAGCAAGGAGGAUUAUGUUUGUAAUGCAAUUUAUCGAGCAGCAACUUCCAAUAACACACAAAAUUUUAGUUGUUCAUUAUGGCAACAGAAAUCGAUUCGAAAUAGAAUAGGUGAAAAAAUGCUUCUAGAUGACACAGUGAAAAUAACAGACAAACUGAAGACUAGUCGACGUCAAGGGCUCUUUCUUGGAAUGGCUAGUUCAAAGGACUGCAGUAAGACAUGCUCAGCUAGGGGGCGACCUGUUUGCAGUGUGUCAGCCUUGCUUUUGGAUUUUUUGCCAAAGCUGCCACCUAACUGUCCUGAACCUGCAACAAGUACUAUGCCAGGUAAAGAUGUCAGCACCAUUUCCCUAUUUUCCUAUAUUAUUUUGGCUUUUGUGGGCUACAUCGCGUAUCUCUAUCGUGACAAUCUUUCUAGGCUCAUUGACAAUAGACGUCAAUGAGGAGACCAAAGAGAAAGAACUACAAGUAGCUGAAGUCGUUGAAAGACGCAUUCCCAUGACGAAUUUCAUGUACGUCAAUCAGUUCUCAUGCUGGCUAUAUUAAAGAAUGUAAUGAAAAUUUAGUUCGUAGUUCAUAGUCAUUUUGUAGGGUCAGUGACGGUUGAUUUCAGGUCUAUUGAGAGGUUGCGCGCUUGCAGUGUGAUUAUGCUUUGUCCAGUAGACGUGUCUAGUGUCUUCAAUCAAUAGUAGUUAUAUACUCUGGUGUCACUGCGUCUUGUUAUAUCAAAUUCAUCGGCUUUCUCAUCGUGACCCCAUUCCUUUCGUUCUCUAGAGUUGAAAAUGAUUGCACCUUCAUGGUAUAGCAUUUGAGGUUUGGAAAAGG